AUGAGAGGACGCGGGCGGUUGCCCCUCAAUGAUGACUUUUCACUUGACAGACGGCACUGGCAGAGACAGAGAGGAAACGACACGAGCAACUAUAGGAACUCCAUGCAUGUGGGAGGUAACUCCGAACCGACGGUCCAAAGACCCUGGGGGCCUCCGCCGAGAGCUGCUUUGUUUUUAUGAAACAGCGCGGAGAGAAGUUUCCACCAUCAACAACCUUGUUGGCUACAGGUUUUACUCAAUAUUUAGAUUCGUUGCUGUUUUCCACAUUCAUAUACCGGACCGAGUGACGCCGGCAAAGUUUUCGCUGGGCAAGUUUACAUGGUCCGAAAUUUCAAGGAAUUUUGGGGUUAUAUCAAACCACAUCCGUGGAAGCCAAAGCAGGAAGUGAGUUAAGACGAAUCUCAAUGGAGGUACUGCCUCCUCAAAAGGUUAGGGUAGGUUAGGUUGUGGUCAAAACCCUUUUCAAUAAUAAGUCACAGGCGUUUUUCUUCACAUCUGACAGAGACGACAAUGACUAAUAGCUCUAAUUGAGCAAAAGACACAGGGUCUUUUUUACAUUAAGAGAUUCCAUCGGUCGGUUACCUCAGAAAGGCGACGAAGUGAAAUUCGAAUUGGCCUUUGAUGAGCCGGCGGCGGACGAAAUCGAAAGGGAGUCUAAAAGAGUUUGGGAUGACGCGUUUGGAGAACGAAAAACUAGUCUACUAUGAAGAAAGUGAGGACCCAAACUUCAUCAAGUCUUCAACCUCGUCUAGAAGUAUAAUUGAAGAUCUUCUCCUACACUGUCAGACCACGUCUCUACGGUCACUAUGAAAGGUGAUAACAGGGACAUUAGCAUGCAAAGAAAGAUUCAUUAUUGUUCAAAGAAGAUAGGAGUAUACUUGAUGAUGACUACCCUUUUCGCUUCUCUAUCUUCCUCUGGUCCUUCUUUUUUCUAGUUAGGUCGUCUCCGCCAAAAUUAUUGUUUAAAGAAACUAAGAAUGAAAUCACUGCAAUCUUCCACCUGCUCUACAGAGUGAAGCUCUUCUGCUGACAUGGAACCUUGAAACUGAAAAAGUAACAGAGUCUCCUCUAAGAAAAGGCAAACCACGCGCAAUAAAGGUGACAGGGGGCACUGGGAUGUCGGUUGUGGAAACGAUUAAGCUCAAUGUGUGGGACGAAAUUCUUUUUGAACAAGAGGCGGCGACGACGAGAAACGUGAACGAAUGGGGUGAAAUGGAAGAGAAAGUGGCAGCGAAUGACGGAAAUUUGGGUUAUGGAAAUUUUGAUGUGAUUGUAGUAUGCUCACGCGGAUUAAGUAUGAAUAUGACCUUUCUAUCUAUUGAAGUUUGAAGUCUCUUUCUACAGUUGAUGUUUGUUAUUUUGGAUUGCUAUCGAUCCUCUAAAAUCAACUAGAAGAGAGUACCAGACCGACGCGAAAUGAUGCGAUGGAGGACAGUUGCAAUGAAGAAAUGCAGGCAACACCCUCAUCAACUGGAGACUUCUCAGCAGAUGUCCGCACAGGAGGUAGAAGUAUACUUGAGGAAAACUUCUCUGCAGUAGGAGAGAACAGGACUACAUCUUCUACAUCGAUGACACAAGGAGAAGGACGAGUCUCUGCUCCUUUACUGGACGAGAACACUACUACAUCUCAAUCUCUGAUGGGAGUAGCGCAAGGAGUAGAACAAAGCCAAAGAAAAGAAGGACCUCUGUCGGCAGAGGAGCGAAUACGAAAAGUAUUAGAAGAACGAAGAAAACAGGCUAUCCUAGAAGAGGAACGAAGACAAGCUGACUUAAAUGCGCGUAUAAGUUCUUGGCUUCCUGGGUACGCGCCAUGA